UAUACAGUUAGUGGCGUUAAAUCUGUCCCAUGAUGGAAAAAAAGUUGCCGGGAGGAGGACCGAUUUCAUAUUAGCAAAGAUAAUCUCAGUAAAACCCUAAUGUCUAACUGACGGGCACACCUGUUUAAAAUCCAGUCUUCCACGGCUAAACCCUAAUUCAUCAUCUCCGCAGACCUUAAAAUCCUGGAUUUCUCGGCACCCCAUUUCAUCUCCAACUUUGGCCUGUGUGGAGAUGCUGGUGCUUUUUGAAACCCCGGCGGGAUUUGCCCUUUUCAAGGUAUUGAAUGAGGGAAAGCUUUCGAAAGUUGAGGAUUUAUGGAAGGAGUUUUCAACUGCAGACUCCGCUCGCAAGGUUGUGAAGCUGAAAGCUUUCUCUAAGUUCGAGAACACCUCAGAAGCAUUGUCGGCAGCUACUUUGUUGAUAGACAGUAAGCCUAGCAAAGGGCUGCGCAAGUUCUUACGCUCUCAUUGUGAAGGGGAAACUUUGGCGGUAGCCGAUUCAAAGCUUGGAAAUGCAAUUAAGGAGAAACUGCAAAUUGACUGUGUGCACAACAGCACAGUCAUGGAAUUGAUGAGAGGAUUGAGGAGUCAGUUAACCGAGCUCAUAACUGGUCUAGGUGCUCAAGAUUUGGCUCCGAUGAGUUUGGGAUUAUCUCAUAGCCUUUCAAGAUACAAGCUAAAAUUUAGCCCUGAUAAGGUGGACACAAUGAUCGUUCAGGCCAUAAGCUUGUUGGAUGAUCUUGAUAAAGAGCUAAACACUUAUGCUAUGAGAGUCCGAGAGUGGUAUGGAUGGCAUUUCCCAGAGCUUGCAAAGAUUGUACAAGACAAUAUUCAGUAUGCUAAAACAGUCAAGUUGAUGGGUGACCGUACAAAUGCUGCAAAGCUUGACUUUUCUGAGGUACUAGCUGAAGAGGUAGAGGCAGAACUGAAAGAGGCGGCAAUGAUUUCCAUGGGAACUGAAGUCAGUGAACUUGAUCUGGUCAACAUUAAAGACCUAUGCAAUCAAGUCCUCGCUCUUUCAGAGUACAGAGCACAGUUAUAUGAUUAUUUGAAGAGCAGGAUGAACACCAUUGCUCCAAAUCUCACCGCGCUUGUUGGAGAACUUGUUGGGGCCCGGCUCAUUGCUCAUGGUGGUAGCUUGUUGAAUCUUGCAAAGCAACCUGGGAGCACUGUUCAGAUUCUUGGUGCAGAAAAGGCUCUAUUUAGGGCUCUGAAAACAAAGCAUGCAACUCCUAAGUAUGGGCUGAUAUACCAUGCGUCACUGAUUGGUCAAGCAGCACCUAAACACAAGGGUAAAAUUUCAAGGUCUCUUGCCGCCAAAACUGCAUUAGCAAUUCGGUAUGAUGCUCUUGGUGAAGGGCAAGACUGUACUAUGGGAUUGGAGAAUCGUGCAAAGCUUGAAGCAAGGUUGAGAAGUCUAGAAGGAAGAGAUUUGAGUCGUUCAGCAGGAUCCGCUAAAGGGAAGCCCAAGAUAGAGUUCUAUAAUAAAGAUCUUAAAAAAGGUUCUGGGGCAUUGAUAACUCCUGCCAAGGUUUACAAUCCUUCAGCAGAUUCUGUUUUGGGGCAUGUUGACGUAGCUGAAAAGAUGGAUGCAGAAGGUGCUCAAGAAACACCUGCUAAAGAGGAGAAGAAGAAAAAGAAGAAAAAGGAAGAUGGGUCAGCAGAACCUGAAACAGAAGAUGCAAGAAAGAAAGAAAAGAAGAAGAAGAAAAAAGAGUUGGCAGAGGUGGAGCAGGUUGAGAAUAAGGAAGGUGAUAAUUCCGGAGCUGGAGAGAAGAAAAAGAAGAGAAAGCAUGCGGAGGCUGAUGAAGAUGGAACCGAAUCAACCAAGAAAGAUAAGAAGAAAAAGAAGAAGACUGUAGAUUAAACUGUCGUCUUGGUAACAUGUGCAAUAUUUUGGGCAAGUGGUUUUCUACAUUUCUAUUGCAUUUUUGUUCUCAAAUGUUAUGAGAUUAGUGUAGAUGGAGGAGAUGGUUGCCUUAGUUACUUACCUUAGCACAUGUCUCCUGGAAGGCUGGAAAUGUUGUUUUAACUGUUUAGAGGACACCAUCAGUGGAUAUUUCCCUUUUCUUGUGUUUUUUUUCUCGUUUUUUGUUUUUAAUCUCUUUUCAAGAGAAGUACUCUGCUCAGCAAUCUUUCUUUUAUGGAAAAUUUUGUUUGUAUACGUGUUUGGCACUUUUUUUGUACCAAUUGUACAUCCUUAUGUUUUACUUGUGUAUACACGCACACAAUCUUUUUUAAGGGUCUGUUUGCAACAACUUCUGCUUUAAAAAGUGUUUUUUUAAUGAAAAGAGAAGAAGUGAUUAAAUAAAAGUUGAUAGUGUUUGAGAAAAAGUAAUUUUGAAAAGUAAAAGUUGGUAGUGUUUAGUAAAAUAAGUGCUUUUUGUGUAAUAGAAAAAGUAAAAGUAUUUUUGACACGAAAGCUGAGAAAAGUAAAAGUUGAUAGUGUUUGAUAAAAUAAGUGUUUUUUAAGUCAAAAGCUGAGAAGUGUUUUUUUUAAGCAUUUGCAAAUCAACCCUAAAAAUGCACCUACUAAAAAUGCAAAAGUUGUUUGUGUACAUAAAACGUGUACAAAACGUGUAUACCAAG